AUGUGGUAUGAGCGUGAUGAACGGGUCGGCGUGCUGUGUGACUGGGACCUUGCGGAAGAUCAUCGGGGCAUAGGCGACGGCGACGGCGAAUCCGCCGGCCAUUGUCGGGGUGAAGCAACGGAACAGCCCCAAAAUCCGGAGGUCGCGGGACCAUCGAACACGGUGACAGGGUCCCAGGUCGUAGUCAAGCCAAGGUACCCCGCGGGCACGGCGGUCCUGUUUAUGGCAAUGGACCUUUUGCGCGAGGGCGACCCACCAAUCCACAAGUAUCGUCACGACUUUGAGUCAUUCCUCUACCUCGUUUUCGGCUACAUCCAAGAGUGGCAGCAUGCCUCGCUCAUUACCAUCGGAGACAACAAGCGCAAGUUCCUGAAGAAGCCAGCGGUCCGCAGAGCAAUCGUGAAACAAGCCCACGAUACCCUCAAGCCACUGCUAGACGAAGACAGUCCCCUGACGGCCCUCUUCUAUCGCUUCGGCACAGUCGAGGUCAUCAUGGAUUUUAUUGAGGAUCGUGCAAGUAGUCCUCAGAUGGCGAAACUCAACCGGGCCGAUAUCGAGUCGCUGAAGAAGAAGCGGGAGGACAAGAUGUCCUUUAGCACAUUCAUGACGAUGCUGAAGCUUCUCGAGGAGGGUAUCUGAGUCCUGACACGUUACAGGUGAUAUUGGCUUGACUCCAUGGAACUUCUGAAGGCACCUAUUGUACUGCAGCGAACGGUGACCAAGGG